AUGUCUGUGCUGCCGCCUGCGAUGCGUGUGCCUGCGACACCCGUUGUGGAGUCUGUCGAUAUCCGCGCCCUCUACGACGUCGAGCACGCGACGCUGCUGGGCAAAGGCGGGUUCUCGCAGGUCGUCGCGGUGCUGCACCGCCCCAGCGGUACGAUGCGUGCGCUCAAGGUGCUGAAGAAGGAGGUGCUGACGGGCAAGGUGGCGGCGAUGGUCGUGCACGAGCGCGAGAUCCUGCGGCGCACGUCACACCCGAACGUCAUCACGCUGCAUGAGUCCAUCACGACACCGCACCACAUUUACUUCGCGCUCGAGCUGAUGAACGUGGAUCUGUUCGAGCUGAUUGUGCGUAACAGGCGCAUCCCCGAGGGGGUGGCGCGGCGCAUCAUGCACCAGCUGCUGUGCGCCGUGAGCUACCUGCACUCGCAGUGCAUUGUGCACCGUGACAUCAAGCCGGAGAACAUCCUGCUCAGGAUCACCGAGACGCGCAGCAGCAAGGGCCAGGAGCAGAACAACGGGUGUGAGGCUGAGGCCGCGAGUACCGACGCGGGCGUCAACAAUAACAGCGUCAGCAGCAGCAGUAAUAACGGUGCGGCUGCGGAGAGCGACUGGGAGGCGACGCACAAGAUUGAGGUGAAGCUUGCCGACUUCGGUCUCGCAAAGCUCGUGCAGGAGUGGGACGUACAGUCCACGCCGUGUGGCACAUCCUUCUACAUCGCGCCGGAGGUGAUCCGUGGCAUCGAGGCGCAGGGCGCGAAGCCGCUCUGCACGACGCAACAGCUCGUCAAGAGCGUCGACGUGUGGUCGGCGGGCAUUGUACUCUUCGUGAUGCUGUCUGGGCGGCCGCCGUUCCACGGCCAGGUGAAGACGAGCGAGGAGCGGCGGCAGCUGCUGCACUGCAUCGACCACGGCGUGCUCUUCAACGCCAGACACGGCUGGGACACCGUCAGCGACGAGGCGAAGGACCUCAUCGCAAGGAUGCUGGAGCAGAACAGCUCCAAGCGGCUCACAGCACUACAGGCGCUGCAGCACCCGUUCUUCACGAAUCACGGGUUCGCGCCGCCGGGGCCAGCAGUCGUGAGGCCCGUCACAUCUCCGCCCCCGCAGCCUCAACAGCAGCAGCAGCAGCAGGUGUCGAAGGAAGCGCCGCCCGCGGGUACGCAGAUGAGUGCGGAUCAGGCCAACGCCGGCUGGAAGAGUGCGGCGGUGCCCAACGAGGAGGUGACGAAGAAGCGCCGCAACUUCCGGAAUAUGUUUGGUAUCCGGAAACAGAGCAAGCGCCACGGCGGCAAGUCGACGACGCCGACGACGGAGGAGACGAUGCCGACGGACGGGGCGCAGCAGCAGCCCAUCGGCGAGUACGAUGACGGCGGUGCUGACGAAGACGAGGAGCAACUGCGCAUUAUGCAGGAGGAGAUCGACGCGAUUCAGCAGGACAUCAUCGCGACCGGUGACGCGGACGGCGACAAGACGAGUUACACGCAGACGAUGCCAGUGAAGGUGGCGCCGCGCUUUGCACGCCCGGCGGUGAUGAACGCCAAGGCGAAGGUCGGCCCGGCUGCCCUCAAGAAGUGA